AUGGCUGAUCACCGUUUCGUGGAGAUCCACCAGACUCGCUCCUCCACAACAGUCGACAAGCUAUGGGCAGCAUUGGCGGAUACCAGUUUGACACCCAUUGCAGCGUCCAAUGUCUGUGAAAAGAUUGUCGGCAAAGUGCUAUCCAAUGACUUGGCAUUUCUCGACGCACUGCUUCAUUUACAGAAUCUCGUUCUGACCAGCACCAACAAGCUCAAGACAAGCAUCUUCCUUCGGUCCAUAUCGAGUCUAUUGCAUUUCCAUUCGAGAGCGUUGUAUGCAUCGGUUGAAUUUGCAGUAGCAGCUUCACCUUCGGCAACUGUACACCCAUUCAUUGUCAUAUCUCAACAACGGCCUGAUCUUUAUGAUGACCUGCUCCAGGAAGCCGACUAUCUAUUGAACCCACCAGAGGGUGAUGAUGAUGAUGGUGAUGAUGGAGUCUCUCUCCUUGGAUCACUUGACAGCUUUUUUGAUCGCAUCCUGCUAUCAGCCGAUGUCACGCGUGGUACCGCUUUACUCCAACGACUCAGCAAUCCAUUCCCAUCCAUGGAUCAACGACUCGAGAUCUACUAUUACAUCAGUGAUGUGAUCAAACGUUACCCUACCAGACGUGGCACCUCUUUGUAUCUUCAAUUGGUGGAUUUUCUUGUGGGCGUCUUUCAAAUCCCAGAUGCACCUGAGGAGGAGGUUAAAGCCAUAGCAACCGACAUAUUCUUUGAUUUGCUAUGCCGAUCAUACGAUGCAGCAACCGAUGGCGAUUGGACAUUACCCUUUAUUCAGCGAUUGUAUCGGAUCAUUCAAUCAGUGGACAUUUGCAGCGGACAGCCAUUGGUAUCACCUAAUCCACACCUCUUUUGGGCAAGCUUGUCGUAUCUGCUGAUGAUGGUGCAAACCGUUCGCGAUCAAGAUGUCAUAUUGAGUAUGAUGCGUGAUAUCAUACAAGCACACUCUCUUGGAAAGAUGGCAUUGGUUGCUAUUUUGCCAUUGUUUCAAACUUGGGCUGAAGUGGUCGAGGAGGAUGCACUCACAAAGGCACGAAAGGCGCGUGCAUUGGAACUGUUAUCGUUUUUGAACAAGGCAGCAGAGAACAAUGAACCAUCAAAGUCAAAAAUCCUCGAGGAGAUUCAGCGAGAUAUUCCAAAGUAUUCAAUCCAUGGCAGCAUGUCACACCUUAUCACCCACGUGGAUCAGUUUUUGCAAGAUCGUCAUGAUUGGGAUACGACGAUGCCAUUAAACAAAGUGUCUCUCGCCCAUUCUUUGUUAUUCACCACGCCUUAUGUAUUCAACAAUGAGGUUGCUAUACGACACAAGAGUAUGAAUCGAUUAUCAGCUUUAUCAUCAACAUCGACCGACAUGCACUCUUUCAAGUUCCCCGUCUUUAUGUUGUUGCUCUAUUUGAUGCGCUCACACAAUGCCAUCGCUGGUGACACUUUUCUCUAUAUUUAUCACACUGUCUUCCCAUCGCUUGUGGAUUUGAAUGAUCCUGUGACAACAUCCAAGAUUUUGCAAGUCAUUCUUCCAAUGGUACAAGGCUCAUUUCAGCUUCAGGCACGUGAUUCGACCAUGGCGGCUAUUGGAUUCAAGGUGCUAGUGAAGAUGUUUGAACGUCAACCUCGCGUAUGGCAUGAAUUAAAACGGGUGAUUGCCAAUUGGAUCCUGCAUCGUAAAUCAGCGACACGACCAGAAGAAAAGGGGGCUGUUCAAAUGGAACUUGCUGUGUUGACAAGUAUGCGAGAUCUUUGCAAGCACCAUUCUCGACAAACCGCUCAAGAUAUACUUCCUAUGGCUAUUUCCCUCUUGCAGACUUGUACCAACCUCAACAUUGCAUCUCUUGCUGUGAUUGUCCAAAUCAUGAACGCAUGUAUUCGAGCCGAGCUAGGAGAACCACGCUCCUUGUGGACCGUUGCCAUCAGCUAUAUUGCUGUUUUUGCAAAAGAGCUUCCUGUUCACCAAGUUAUCGUACUUUGGCAAGGCCUUUGCGACUUUUUCAGCAUUGUUGGCGAUCGAGAUGAAGUAUCUGAACCCUAUAUGGAGUUUAAGGAAGCUAUCCUUGACGAGUUUUUGGAACCACUUAUUGCUUCAGAAAACGACAAAGUGAGAUCAUCGGCACUUUCAGCACUCGCUCAUUUCCAAGCAACUGAUAUCCAACGCAUUCUACCUGAAAAAGCCAAACAAUUCACGGAGCAGAUCAUUGCAGCACCUGAUGCCUCACACUCGGCUGUACUUGCUAAGCUUAUUUCACAUGAGCUUGAUCAUAUGCGACGUGGUUUAUUUGCUGAGGAUACAUCGAGUAAUAAGGACACCACCAACAGCAGCAGCGAGCAAUCUCAAACACGUUCUACACGCAAUGCUAUUGGCAGGAAGGAGGAUGAAGCAGGUGCGAUGGUUGUUAAGGAAUGGGAACAAGCACGAACACCACCUGGCUUACGUGCAGGCUAUGCUGUUGCGCUCCUUCAUGUUUCCAAUGCACAUCUUGUGGAUCGUAAAACGACAACGGGUGGUGAUGAUACAUUGACCAAAGCAAAGUGGUAUCGAUGCAUGACGACAUCCCUUGCCGAUAUCGGUCUCACGGAUCAUUUGAUGGUACGCAUCUCCAGCUUGAGUGGAUGGGUCUCCGUAUUCGGUGCAGCUUUGGUUUCAGAGGAAGCGACAUUUGAACUUCGAGGAACACAAAUCCUCAAAGAUUUGUUGGCACGACUUGAAAAGAGUACCGUACCUGGAAUGACAUGCAACAUUCUUCUCGCUUUGGCUGGCUUUGCUAUUACCACCACUCGAUUAUCACCCUCCUUUGGCUCCUCAUGUGCAUCUCAAAUACUGGAUGUUCUAUUCGCCAAGUAUAUACUCUCGCCCGAUCAAUCCGCUGGCAGUAUCCCCACCACCUUGUUGAUGAGUGACGAAGUACAAUUUGCAGCCUAUUUCAGCUUGGGUUAUAUAGCCAGCUGCACCAUUUCCAAUGAAAAGAUGGCGUCUCGCAUUCUUGGCAUGCUCGUGGAUGAUGUAACGGCAGAGGAUAAUGGUCGAAAGAUUGGUGCAGUAGUGGAUUUGGUGCAACUUGCUCGAGGCUAUGCAGCAGGUCAUUUCACAGCAGCAUUAGCUACAUGGCCUACCAAGACGCAAGGCAUUGACACGCUCAGCAAAUCGGGUAUCUCUACGCUAUUGGACUAUUGCAAUAGGCCCUGUCAGCAAAUCUCGGAAGGACGUGCACUUGGUAUCAUGAUGGGAUGGGCAUCCAAUAUUCAUGCAAAUGAUAUGCAAGAUGUCACGUGGUUCGCCAAAGAGACACUCAAGCUGUUUGUUGAAGAAGGCUCGACGCGCAAUAUCAAUCCAGGCAUUUUGCUUGGUGCUCCAUGGGUGGUCGCUUAUUCAUCUGGUAAUGGGCAAUACAAUGAGGGUCUAUCAGUAUUGGAACAAGCAAAGAAUAUAGCAUUGCGUGAUUCAACACUCUCUGGAUAUUGCUAUCAUUUUAGCAUCCCUAUUGCGCAUGUCAAACGCGUUUCCAUGAUUGCCAGUACCGAUCAAACUGAAGCAAGUGCUCAAUACAUGGCGCUUUUACACAACACCUUGGAUAUCAACAACAUUACAUCAUUAUUCGAGAUUGGAAGUCUUCUUGGCGUUGAUUAUUUGAAUCCAGCAGUGGAUCCAGAGGUCUUGUUGGAUGAAGCACGCAAAUACGAUGGCGGAGCACGACUUGAUAUUUUGGAUAAGCUCAUGUCAACAGCUGGUUUAUCUACACCUGGAGGUACUGCAACAGUGGGUGAUUUGCGAACAGCACGUAUCGCAGCCAUUGUAUGUGGUAAAGUCAACCAAGCAGCGGUGGAUAUGCGUAAUGCAAGUGCUAUCGAUCAAAAUACUGCCGGCACCAACCAAGUGUUAUUGAAUGCAUCCACUGAACCCAAAUCCUAUGGACGUUUGAACAACAAUACAAGUUAUUUGAGGGCCGUUUUCGACAGCUUGACCGAUCUCGUUCGAUACCCAUCAUCCCAUGGUAUCCAAUGUAUGCAAACGUUGAUCCAAAGUUUGAGUGAAACGCCAGGACCUCUACCACCAGUGAAUUGGUUCCAACUCCUUGCAGACAUUUCAUCCGUAUCGCAAUCUUUACGUGCUAAAUGUAUCGAGUUUGCAAGUGUGCAUGCAUCCACUUCCAUGUCGUUGACCGAGUACAUUGUUUCUGAACUCACUGUUUGCGAUCCUGGUGUUCAGCGCAUUCUCACGGGUGAGCUUGGUCUUGGCAAAAUAUUGGAGUUGAGUGGAUUACCGAAUCGCAAUGUCUCUGGCACGGGCUUUAAACGACGAGGCAUGGAUGCAGUAACCAAAAAGUCAAGUAUCUCAGAAAUGCGGUGCAUUGAAAUCUUUGAACCUUAUGCAAAGCGACUAUCAAAACUACCCCAUGAUAUCCAGUUGACAUUGCUAUCCACAUUGUGUGAUCACCUUCCACCUAUCCAUGAGACGGCUGAGGAUGAACAUAUGGAGAUGCUGAUCCGAACGAUACGCGAUAUGACGUACUUCAACUUCACCAUGCCACUCAUCACCAAAGACACUGGAAGAUACCUCGGUUUGGGUAUUGAAAAGCUGGUAUACAAGGCGAUUGAUUGCAGUGUUUUGGAAUCGGAGAAGCUUGGCCAAUUGACAAAGCAAGAUGCAUACAUCUACACGACUGCUAUGGCUGAAAUGUGUCGAUUGAAACGAACAACGCGUGCAACACAAUGGAUUACGGAUGUGAUGCGACAGCUUAUUGUUCAAAAAGUGGAUGAUAGCCGUACGUGGAAUCAGGUGACACGAGCCAUGCUGCAAACAGAAUGCAAAUCGAAUGAGGAACGUAUAGCAUGGAUGGUGCGUAUGCUCGAUAUUUUGAUUGUCAUUGCAAGCGACCGAUCCCUCGAAUCCAAAACCGAAACCAUUCGACAAUGCGUGACCUGCGCUUUGAGAUAUACAGCAAUGGCCCUUUGGUGGUGGUCAAAUCUAAAGACACAAGCGUCCUCAGCGGCAGAAGAUGGAUUCAAUCGACUCGUUACAUCCUGGGAGAGUGGAUAUAUGCUAGCUGAUAUUGUUGCAAGAGGAGAUGCUCAUCAUGCUGGCCAACAACAGAUGAUCAAACGCAUCCUAAGAGCAACCUCUCUUAUCGACGACGACUAUACCAAACAUGUAUUGAUUGCAGCCAUACAACAAUGCCCUCCCGAAUCCUUGAAUCAGCAAAGUAGCGAGCAGAUAAUCAAGCUUCUUUCAGAGUUAAAUAGACAAUAA